AUGAGCGAGGAUCUAGUCGGCAUCAGAACAUUUGUCGAUCCUUCUAUCCCUGGAUUUUCUGCUAUUAUCAAACAGCGAUAUUCUGAUUUCAUUGUAAACGAAAUAGAUCUAGAGAAUACAUGUGUCCGGUUAACUUCGCAUGAGAUACCCAUUGCGAAAGAAAGUGUAGGGAAGGAUAAACUGGAAGCCGAAGGAGGUGAAAAGCUAAUUAACAACAGCAACAUGUCGGACGAAGAUAAAUUAAAUGAGCUUAGUGUACUCCUCAAGGACGAUGAAGAGAUCAUGUCGCAGAUUAAAAAAAUGCUGGACAGUUCUGGCAAUGAUCUCGAAUCUGUCAAUUUGAAGGACGAUAAGGCAAAGCGCACUGAGAUACAUAAGCUAGUCAAGGAGCGAUUUUCAGGCAAGAUGGUCUCGGAGACUGUCGAUGGCAUCAUUCGCCUCCGUAUGCACAAGAAGAAAGAUGAUCUCGACACAAGAGGCAAAGCGAGAACAGAUAUUUGGAAGGAGUUUGGGGGUGAGUUUUGCCGUUUUUGUCUAUUCAAGGAGAAUCGUGAAACGAUGGAAGCUAUCAACUUUCUUACAUCAUGUCUUCGCGUCCCUGGAAAAGUGUUUUCGUUUGCAGGAACAAAGGACAGGAGAGGUGUAACGAGCCAAUGGGUCACGGCUCACAAAGUCAAAGCUGAUCGAUUGAAUGGGCUCAAUAAAUCUCUUCGCAACAUGCGUCUCGGCAACUUUUCUUAUGUUUCUCAAGGGCUCAAACUGGGAGAUCUUAAUGGAAAUCGAUUUACAAUUACACUUCGCAAUGUUCUUGUAGACUCUGAAGAAACCCUGAAUCGAUCCAUGAUCUCUCUGCGUGACAAAGGCUUCAUCAACUACUUUGGCAUGCAACGGUUCGGAACAGGAUCUGUGGGGACUCAUCAAGUCGGCGCUGCCAUGUUGAGAGGCCAAUGGGAAGAAGCUGUCGAUUUGAUCAUGAAACCUCGACUCGGUGAAGGUCCCGAUCUAGAGAAGGCUAGAAAGUAUUGGGCAGAGCAUAAGAACCCGAAAGAGGCUCUCAAGUUGUUUCCAAAGAGAUGGGUUGCAGAGCAUCAAAUCCUUUGGUCUUUCCAAAAGGCAGGUCAUAUGCGAAGCCCCUUCGAAGCAUUAACCAACAUCCCCAGGAACUUGAGGUUGAUGUAUGUACAUGCCUACCAAUCCUACGUGUGGAAUCAUAUGUUGUCAGAGCGCGUUCGUCUCUAUGGAGCAGACAAAGCGUUAGUAGGAGAUUUAGUGGUUGAAAAUAAGUCUGCGCUAGAGGCUGAGGAGGACAUGGAGGUAAAUGAUACACCUAAUAGCAAGGACUCAAAUUUGGUACAAACAACAACAAAUAACCCUCGUGGGAGUGACUAUGUAAGGGCGAAAGUAUUGACAGAAGUCGAUGUUGACCAGUAUACGAUCUAUGACGUUGUCCUGCCACUUCCAGGACAUGACAUUAUCUAUCCAACGCACGCGAUCGGCGAAAAGUACAAGGAAUUCAUGGCUAAAGAUGGCCUGGAGCCGUAUAAGAUGCUUCGCUCCAACAAGGAUUAUUCCUUGACGGGCUCCUACCGCUACAUCCUGACCAAGCCCGAGAAUGUUGAAUGGGAGAUUGUCCGCUACAAUGAGCCCAAUUUACCCCUAACGUUGACUGAUCUUGAUCGAUUGGAGGGUAAAACCAAGGCCGAGGGCGUUGUUGAUGAUGCCGAGGGCAAAUAUCUGGCUCUGAUUUUGGAUCUGACGCUUCGAUCAAGCCAGUAUGCGACCAUGGCAAUCCGUGAAGUCUGUAAGCAGGACACUUCGGCUGCUUUCCAGAGUACGUUGAAUGUUGGUGGUGAAAACAGCGCAGAAACUACAGCUACAUCGUCAACGCUUGCUAGUGGAAGUAUCGAAGGGUCUGCAGUGAUACCAGGUGCUCUUGAAGCUCCAUCGUCAGUAGCUCUUGAUAAAUAUUCAGUUACGUCGUCCUUAUCAUCUACAAAGAGAGACAUUGAGCAAGUAGAAGGUGCAGAGAAUGCACCAGAAGCAAAAAUGCCCAAAGACUAA